UUUAAUACAUAAAUACAUCACCGUCUUCCUUGAAAUUGUUUAGUUGUCAUUUAUCUCUAGCAAGAUACAUACCAUUUUUAGUAAAAAUGUAUAAAUUUUUCUUAGCUCUGACUUUGUCUGCGGCUAUUAUUCACUGUGUGCUAUCCACCUGCUUGGAAGAAGUAGUGUUGCCAGAUUUGUAUCUUCGGGGUCAAGCGAGCAAUAAAUGUGUCGGCGUACAUGGCUACAACUUGGACAAUGGCGGAGUUACUGAUAUGUGGGAUUGCGUCAGGGGGGCUUACAACGAAAUCUGGCAUUAUAAAUUUAUCAAAUAUCAAGACAUCAACCAAUACCAAUUGAUCUCGACAUCUAGCAGAAAAUGUCUUACUGCUGGGAGUGGUGGGGGUAACCUGGCAACCGUGACUCAGAACGAUUGUUCUUCCCUUGCCGUGAAUCAACUUUGGUAUCCUCGUCUAAAUGCGUCGGUCCCUGCCUACUUUCAACUGAUUGGAGCCGAAGGUCAGAGGUGUCUCACAGCGCUGGGGACAUUUAAUGGCGCUCGGCUUGUCCUGUACGACUGCCUCGGGUGGAGUUGGGGAGGACAGCUUUGGCACAGUGACAUCGGGAAUAUAUCAACUACAACUGCAGGAUAAAAUGGACAAGGAU